UGUACAUUCGAUAGGAUAGUUUCCAGCAAGAUGAAUCGUCAACUGUGGAUAAUCAUUUUCGCCAUCUUGUGCGUAGCUCAGGCCGAGGAAGACAAUCCUACUACGGAGAAAAUGGAAGAACUUGGAAUCGCAACAAUCAACAACUUCACCAGGGAGUUCUACAGUUACGUAGAAGCGGUCAGUCAGGUACUCGCGGAUCUGGAACUCACCACCACGGCCAGCAUUACUCAGAUCAAGCAUCGCAUCAAACAUCUGCUUCAAGAAAAAUGCAAUCUGUGUUCGGCCAAAGCCGAAGGCCCUGCCUUAGAUCAAGGCUACGUGACCACAAGUAACGGAUCGGUAAUCCCAGUAUCCUACGAGCAGACACGCUUCGGAGGCGGAUGGAUCGUUUUGAUGCAACGAUACGAUGGAACGGUUCGGUUCAACCGGUCUUGGGCCGAGUAUCGCGACGGAUUCGGAAUGGUCGGUCACGAGUUUUGGUUGGGACUGGAGCGAAUCCACCAGAUGACGAAGGACGCAGAGUACGAGCUGAUGAUCGAGAUGCAGGAUUUUGAGGGCAACUACAAAUACGCGGGGUACGAUGCGUUUGCUGUGGGACCGGAAGAAGAGCGGUAUCCUUUGGCAAAAGUGGGUAAGUUCAAUAAAACGGCAUAUGUGGAUUCUUUCGGAAAACACCGAGGAUAUGGAUUUUCAACGUAUGACAACGAUGACAAUGGGUGUUCGAACCAGUAUGGGCGAGGAGGAUGGUGGUAUUACCGGAAAUCGUGCUUCGGAGCGAGCCUUACUGGUAUAUGGCAGAACAAGCAAGAUUGGAAAUCGAUUAGUUGGGUGUGGUUUUCGACUGAGAAGAAGCAGGUACCGCUGAAGUUUGCGAGAAUGAUGAUGCGCUUGAAAACGGCUGAAUAGUGUUGAACGUGAUGUUAAGGACCAGAGAGGAUACAAUCUUGUAAAUUAUGUUGGAUUGUGAUCAUUAUUUUAAUAUAAUUAAAAAAGUGGCUUGAAACACUCUAUCAUA